UCUCAGUAAACAAAACAGACUACUCCAUUGAAGAGCUAUAGAUACAAUCUUGUGUACGUAUAUCUCCGAUCAAAAUCAUCGCAAUUCACGAAUUCAGGCACUCACCGCGGACGAUCGGAGAUGCCGCCGAAGAAAAUGGGAGUGAACAGCAAAGCCGAGGCGGCUCGGUCUCGCAAAAGCGCCACCGAGAGCGAGCGAAAAGAUCGCGAAGCUCGCGAGAAAGAAGAACAGUACUGGCGGGAAGCCGAGGGCGCGAAAUCACGCGCCGCGAAGAAGCGCGAAGAGGAAGCGGAGAAGCGCGCCGAAGCCGCGGCUCGGAAAGCCGAGGCGAAGCGAUUGGCGGAGAUAGAGGAGAAGGAGCUGGAGAAGGCGGUGAAGAAGACGGAUAAGAAGGCGAAUCGAGUUUCAAUACCGGUCCCGAAAGUCACCGAGGCGGAGCUGAGGAAGCGGAGAGAGGAGGAGCAAGCGGAGAUGAAGAAGAAGGCUGAGGAGGAUAAGAGGAGGAGUAGUAGGACUGCGGCUGAGGAGGAGUAUGAGAGUGUUGUACUUGUGGCGAAUACGAAUCGAGAUGAGUCGGUAAUUGAGGCGAGGUCGGUGGAGGAUGCUAUUGCGAAGAUGAGUGUGGUGGAGAGUUUGCCUGUUGAUAAGCAUCCCGAGAAGAGGCUCAAGGCUGCUUUUAAGGCAUUUGAAGAAGCUGAGCUUCCAAAGGUGAAAGCAGAGAAACCAGGGCUUACUCACACUCAGUACAAAGACAUGAUAUGGAAGCUGUGGAAGAAAUCUCCCGACAAUCCUCUUAACAAGGUUGCUGAGAAGGCAUGAUUGGAUGCUUUGGAGAUGGAGGAAUUAUCAGAUCUAGUUGUAAAGCAGUAGCUUCAUGUGUAUCCUAAUGUCACAUUUGUUUGUAUGCCCAGUCAGGGCCUGCAAUCUUGUUCUCUUUUGUAUCUCUAAAGGUUUAACUAAUAUGAUAAACAACCUGCUAUUUUAGCUCCAUGGGAUUAUGGAAAGUUUUAACAAUUGCUUCUCUGUUGACAUACCUAUAUUUGGUAUGAUGAGAAAUCAGAAGAUUAUUGGCAGUCCAUUUGUUCUGUUCA